AUGGCCACUCUUCGUCUUUUUACAUUAUUUGCUUUAACUGUCCUCUGUUCAACAGGUUUUGCACAAACAAAGCCAUGUGAACCAUGUGAUCAAAGUAAAUGUCCGUUGACCUUGGAUAAAGAAUGUCUUGCUGGAUUAACACUCGACAGAUGUGGUUGUUGUCAAGUUUGUGCACAACGCGAAAGUGAACUAUGUAAUCAUCCAGAUAUCCCAUCGAGUAAACAAUAUGAAGCAUGUGGUGAAAAUCUUCAAUGCAAAAUUCGAACGGAUAGUCGUGGAGCACCACGAGAAGCUAGAUGUGAAUGUAAUGAUCAAGUAGAAAUGUGUGGUUCGGAUGGUAAAACUUAUCGUAAUUACUGUCAUUUAAUGGAAUCGAGCAAACUUGCUAAAGCUGAACAAAAACCAAUUAUUAAAGUUUUCAAACGUAAACCAUGUGAUUCAGCACCUGAAAUAACAUUACCACCUGUUAGCGUUUCGAACAAAACAGAAACUAAUGUAUUUUUAACAUGUGAAGCUGCUGGUGUUCCAUUACCUGUUGUCGAAUGGGUUUAUACUUCUCAAACAGGCAAACAAAUUGUCUAUCCAACUGAUGAUGAUCGUAUAUCAACAUUAGUUCGUGGUGGACCAAAUGCUCAUGUUCUUACAUCAUGGCUUCAAAUUCAAUCUUUGAAACGACAUGAUCAAGGUACAUAUACAUGUGUUGCAAGUAACGCAUUGGGUAAAGUUGAAAAAUCAUGUACUGUUUCUGUUGAAAGUGGUCAUGAACUUUAA